AUGGACAACCUCAAAUCUUUGCCAGUCUUGAACGUGGAUACGUCUAAUUCGCAAAAGCUGCCGUUAGACGCUGUCGAAAAGGAUGAAACAGAGGAAACGCUUGAAGAAAUGAUUGAUCAAAUUGGGAGUGCUUUCGACUUUGCACAGAUGGACGUUGAAUCACCUUUGACCGAACUAAGAAGAGCGUUUGAUAUGCUUCAAACAUCUUCGAUCUUUGCCGAUCAAACAGUUCGUGUUGAAGAUGAAGAGCUUCCUCCUACAAAUGAUUAUACACAACUUGGACCGUGUUUGCAAUCAUUGAAAGAAGAUACACCUCCAGUCACACAAAGGACUUCAAGAUUGCAAACCAGAAGACCCGCUUCAUUAUGCAUUCAAGAUUCAGCAAAGGAACCAAAUACGAUCAUACGUACACCGUCUGUACCGCCUACGACGUUGACAUUUCCAUCAUCAGCUGGUUCACCGACAGGUAUGGAAGCCAAUUCUGCGCUGUUACCUUUUUAUUUGGAUCCUAGAAAUGAAUGCACGAAAAGAUCCGCUUCGAAUGGAUUACUCAUUUACUCAAAUGAUCCUUGGUCGUCUCCGCAUGUACACUUUUCCGAUUGGUCAAACGGAGAAAAUCCAAUCAGUAGCGAAGACGACAUUCAAAGUAGUCCUGCUUUUGACAAUCCUUUCUGCUUUGAAGAUACUUAUGCUGCUUCUUCAUGUUAUGAUGACGUUUCACGUAGGAGUUCAACAAUGCAACUUGCAAGUUGCACUCAUUCAGAGAUUUCAUCUUCCAUUUCACUUGGUGAAAGUGGUGAUGAUAUUCUUACUGCUCCGCCAGUCCUUGGACGUGAAUGGCAUAGAGGUCAAAGAACAGACAAGAAAGACUCUUAUAUGGAUGUCAAAUCGCAAAAGCCAAGCCUUCCACGUUUAACGCCUCAUAUCAAUGCACCGUCAAACAAUAAACGUUCAACGAUGAAUCGUGGUGGAAUGCGAAGUGCUUCUGCAACGGCGACUUCUACUUUCAAGAAUGCAAUCCGAACCAUCAAAAGAACAACAAGCUUUUACGAUCAUGGAAAAGCGGCAAAACAAAAAGAAAGCAAAGAUACUGCAAACGAAGAUUUCAUGGACGAAGCAGCCGAACGCGAUGACAAAAAUCACGACCAAAGUGCAAAAAUGUACGGUUUUGCUUUAACAGCAUCGCAAAAGUCAACCAAGAAGGAAGGAAAUCGAAAACAUCCGAACAAAUCUCCUUAUCCUCCAAAUCUUUCUCGAAUGCCUUCUCCUACGCCAUCUUCUCCUUCUGUAUCGUUUCAUUUUCAAUCACCAAUGAUGGCUUCUUAUUUUGCCACGCUGGGAUAG